AUGGUAGACAAUUUGAAGGCCAUUCUUCACGAGAUUCAACCGCCACUUCAUCGACGACAUACAUUUGUAGUGCAAUCGUCACCCGCGUCUAGUUCAGCUCAUUCUCCAAAUAUUUGGCGUCCAGUGAUGCCGAAAAGUCGACGAUCAACGUUAGUGGCCGGUGCAGAGGGCACUAACCGACUUUUGUCGAGUAGCGACUCGUCGAUGCGAACAAUUCGAUCCCUCAGUGAUGCCCCGACGCCAAAUACCAUUUACAGCAAAUCGACGUUUGCACUGCAUAAUAUCGACGUGUUAAGUGUCCAGCGAGCCAAAGUGAUUCGCCAUGUAAAUGACGAGCGAUUUGUGCGCAUUUGCAACUAUUUCGAGAGCCACCAACCGGAAUUAGCUAAGGAGAUUCAAGCUCAAAAUGCAUCCUCUCGAGAACAAUUAUAUGCAUGGAUCAAUUACAUUGUUAGUCCAAAGGUAUUGAACUAUUUCCAGAAAACACAAGAGUCACGACAAAAUGUUCUAGACUUAAUUAUGGUCGCUGCUGCGAUAUCAAAAUAUGGCGAGAGUGAGUUAAUAUCAAAAGACAGUAGAGGUGAACUUGGUCAUCAAGAUUCGGAGACAUCGCAUACGAUGGAUUUCGUACUGAGGCUGAACGAGCAAUUAGGUGAAGAAAAGCGUGUUGGCAGUGUCGUUCUUUGCGAAGUUUUGGCGCAUGCACGCACGAUGACAGUUGAGAAGAAAGGUGAUGAUAUAAAUGACGAUAAUGACCAGCACAAGGAACUCGUGACGAGAGUUCAGUCGGAAUGGUUUCAAGAAGCCAUGGUAAAGUCGAAUGGGCGAUAUCUUUAUGAUUCAAUUCGCCAGUAUCUUACUAAAACGAUUGAAGAGCUCAAUGUUGAGACGGUUACCUUACGACGAAAACUGAUUCCUCUCGAAAUGACGCAAGUGUCUCGUGGCCUUCCUCCAAAAUUACCUCAGCCUAAGUUAAGUGAGCCCUCAAUUCGCACGUCCAGUAGUGUCGAAGUUAAAGUUUAUGAGUAG